UCCAGCAUCUAGGGGCGGGGCUGGGUCGGCAGGCAGGGCUUGGGAGAUAGGUGGAGCCGAGCCCACAUUCUCCAAUGGAGUGGAGGCAGAGGCGGGCCCAGUGGCAGAAGGAGCAUGGCGUGGAGACAGAUGAGAAAGCGGGCUCUGGACGCAGCCAUCAUCCUUGGGGGAGGAGGCCUUCUCUUCACCUCUUACCUGACAGCCAUAGGCGAUGACCAUUUCUAUGCUGAGUAUCUGAUGCCGGCCCUGCAGAGGCUGCUAGACCCAGAGUCGGCCCACCGGCUAGCUGUUCGCUUCACAUCCCUGGGGCUCCUUCCUCGAGCUACGUUUCAAGACUCUGACAUGCUGGAAGUGAGAGUCCUGGGCCACAAAUUCCGAAAUCCUGUAGGGAUUGCUGCGGGAUUUGACAAGCACGGGGAAGCUGUGGAUGGCCUCUACAAGCUGGGCUUUGGGUUUGUUGAGGUAGGAAGUGUGACUCCCCAACCUCAGGAAGGAAACCCCAGACCCAGAGUGUUCCGCCUCCCGGAGGACCAGGCUGUCAUUAACAGGUAUGGAUUCAACAGCCACGGGCUCUCAGCGGUGGAGCACAGGCUGCGGGCCAGACAGCAGAAGCAGACCAAACUCACUGCAGAUGGGCUGCCUCUGGGAAUAAACCUGGGGAAGAAUAAGACUUCGGAGGAUGCUGCUGCAGACUAUGUAGAGGGUGUUCGUGUCCUGGGCCCCUUGGCUGACUACCUGGUGGUGAAUGUGUCCAGUCCCAACACUGCUGGCCUGAGGAGCCUACAGGGAAAGGCUGAGCUUCGCCGCCUGCUGGCCAAGGUGCUGCAGGAGAGGGACACCUUGAAGGGAGGGCGGAAGCCAGCAGUGCUGGUGAAGAUUGCCCCCGACCUCACAGCCCAGGACAAGGAGGACAUUGCCAGUGUGGCGAGAGAGCUGGGCAUCGAUGGAUUGAUUGUCACAAAUACCACAGUGAGUCGCCCAACCGGCCUCCAAGGUGCUCUGCGCUCUGAGACGGGAGGACUGAGUGGGAAGCCACUCCGAGAUCUGUCGACCCAGACCAUCCGGGAGAUGUACACCCUCACUGAAGGCAGGAUUCCCAUCAUCGGGGUCGGUGGAGUGAGCAGCGGGCAGGAUGCGCUGGAGAAGAUCCAAGCAGGGGCCUCCCUGGUGCAGCUGUACACGGCCCUCACCUUCCUGGGGCCACCUGUUGUGGUCAGGGUCAAGCGUGAGCUGCAGGCACUUCUAAAAGAGCGGGGUUUUAACACAGUCACAGACGCCAUUGGAGCAGAUCAUCGCAGGUGACGGUUCCUGCCAGAUGUCCCAUCCAGAGCGUGCUCACCAACUCAAGCCUUGUGGCCACAUCAUGAGAGGAAGAACCGUCUCAAGCCAUGUCAUUUGAAUCGUGGCCUGGCUGCACUGCACAAGCCAGUCACGGGUGUUACUAGACAGUAAAGGCUUUCUCUAGUGAGACCGUGAACUCUACUGUCCCAGGAUCUAAGUCCUGGGAUCCCUCAGUAUUAUGAGGGCAUUGGCUCUUUGGAAGGAAAAAUCAUGAGAAAAUAAAGUCAUUUCAACCUGUUUUCAAA